AUGUUCGUGCCCAACCAGAACCAGCUUUACGCGCUGUACAUGUUCCGAUGCGGCGAACUGCGCGUGGGGAAGCCAAACAAAGAGAUGCUCGCACUGCUGGCCGAGGACGAUCGGGCGUGGAACUUGCGGCUGAGGGAUGAGGCACGCGAGCGCGAAAUCUCCGUCGACGACCUGCAGGAGAUUGAGGCCGACACGGCAGAACGGCAGCGCGAACGGGAGGCGAUGGUACCGCUUGCGAUGCGCCGCGUGCUGCGCCUGGAGCCCGAAUGGUGCAGCAGCAGCUGCGUCAGUAGUAGUAGUGACGAUCGCGUGCACGUGGGGGCGCGUGGGGCGUUAGCGAUUGUGGAAGUGGCGCGCGAGCUGCCGUUCAUGGAAGUUCUCGAUCUCUCCAACCUCACCUCGCUGUACCUGGCGGACCCGUACCAGUGCGACGGCGUCACCGGCAACGACGUCGUCAAGGCGAUCUGCGGCAUGGCGGCCACGCACCCGUCGCUGCGCGUCAUUGACGUGGCGGGUCAGCCCAUCGGCACCCUCGCCGCACACAACUUCCUCGAGCUUCUUCGGUGCAACCGGCGCAUUCAGGAGUUGCGCUUUGACCGCGAGGAGGUCGACCACCGCCUGUUGGCGUACAUCGACAAGGAGCUCCGGCGCAACGCCACGACGCCNGAACCCGCCGCCGUCAUUGCGCGGCUGCCCGUCCUCGACAGAAAAACGGUUCGCGAGCAGCAGCUCCUGCGGCGGCUCAUGGAGACGGAGAUCGGCCUGUGCGGCAUCAUGUCGCCGGAAGAGAUGAGCGAGGCGGUGCUGCACGCGCGCACAAUGUCCACCACGGAGGUCGUCACGCGGUCGCGGGGGCUGCGCGGUGACGGCGUGCAUCUCUUCCUCCUCAAAUCCGGCGUGCUGCGCGCGGCGGCCGUGCCCCGCGGCUUUGAGCUCACGCGCGGCGACUUCUUUGGCGAGACGUACGCAGAUGUGCUGUUCAGUCAGGACCUGCUAGAGGAGGCGGUACGCGGCGUCGUCUACUGCAUCCCGCUCGCGCACUUGCGCCCCCUCUGCGAGGAAUGGGCGCGGCGCGUCGAGGCGUACUUUCCGAGGCUGCGCUACAGCGCGCUGCUGCAGGCGGUGGACGUAUGGACGCGGCUGCGGAUGUGCUGCUGUGCGGCGCCGCAUGAGUUCAGCGGUGGCGAGACGGCAAUUUCGCCCGGCGACGGUUUCAAGGGCCUCUUCCUCGUGACUGCCGGGACGUUCGGUGUUAUCGGUCGCACUUUGAACGCCCCGCGCGUGCGGGAGUUCGCCGUUGGGGACGUUUUCGGCGAGGAGGCCCUGUUAGCGCGGCGGCAGUGCAGCUCCGUGACGAUCGUGGCGGAGCGUGGCGAGGUGACGUGUGGCUGCCUCGUCGUGGCAGGCUGUGCAGCACGUGUGGUGGCAAGCCACCUGCGGCCAGUGCUGCUUGCGCUCGCCGCCACGUAUUCGCAGCACGAGGAGCUGCAGCCCAUCGCAAAGUAA